AUGGGCCCUUCCCUGCUCAACCGUACUCACUCGUUCGCGGAAACCGAUGGACAGCGCGCGAGCCGGGAGUACCGGGAAGAGCUCGCGACCUUCACUAGCUGCAUAUUUGGCAGCUCUGAGCUCAUGGCCUACAAAGGCACUUCGACAAAGGUGCAUGUUGUCCCUACUGAGUCGCGCUAUGCGGACUAUUCGGCAUCAUCCGUCAUUGACGGCCGUGGCUCCAUCGGCCGCGCAAGCAUGAGAUCAAGCAGACUAGCGCAAUCAUAUUCCUCGGAGAUCAUGUCACCUACUCAUACAUCCGCCUCCUUCGCUACCUCGCAGCUAGCCUACCGUCCUCCCGAGCGAAAGAAAAUCCUCAUCACGAGAUUGUUCCCGGUAGUCUUCCCAUCGGAUGAGGAGGAUACCGGGCCCAAAGACGAAGGCGAGCAGUCGGCAGGUGGCACUUCUCCGCGAAGAAAGCCGGUUCAGCCAAGGCCCAAGAGGACCCCUAUGUAUGCUGUCGUCCUUGUCGUACAGUUGCCCACUGCUUCGGCGGCCAAGUCCCUCUUCCGGGGAGCCAGCUCCUUCACCGACCAAGAGUCCUUUCCGUCGUCGUACAAUUCCACAAGACGUUCGGGAUGGACUAUGGUUGGCUCUGGGCAUGAUUCGAUGGAUUCAUCUCUUCCCUUUGAUGGAGAGGAUCCCAUGGACUCCAUCACCCAACAUUGGGACAUAAUCAUGAGAACCCUUACCCAUCUCCAGUCGGUCACUGCCACCACCCUGGGGACAUUAUUGAAGCAAGCCGAUCGGGGACCUUCGGCAACGCUUCCAACUGGCUCGCACCCCGUCACCAGGCGACCGUCUCUCCCUUCGAAAAGACCCGAGGACCUGGCCAAGCCACCUAAGACAAACGCAAAAAUCAUUGCACUGCCCCCAACGCUUUAUCUCAAGAUCAAGUGA